CCCCAGAAAUGCUUAAAGAGGAAAGUCAGCCAAGUCAUGUUUUACCCACAAGUUUCGAAGCCAACAGUUUGAAGAAAAGCAAUUGGGGAUUCUUAAUUACUGGGAUUGUUGGUGGGACUCUAGUGGCUGUGUAUGCAGUAGCCACGCCAUUUGUAACACCGGCCCUCCGAAAAGUUUGUUUGCCUUUUGUACCUGCAACUACAAAGCAGAUUGAGAAUGUCGUGAAGAUGUUGCGAUGUAGAAGAGGAUCCCUGGUAGAUAUUGGCAGCGGCGAUGGACGUAUUGUAAUAGCAGCUGCAAAGGAAGGAUUCACAGCUGUUGGUUAUGAAUUAAAUCCGUGGCUAGUUUGGUACUCCAGAUACCGUGCUUGGCAAGAAGGUGUGCAUGGCUCUGCCAAGUUUUAUAUUUCGGAUUUGUGGAAGAUGCUGCAGUUGGAGAAGAAACUUGAACUUGAACUUGAGGAUGAUGCGCGAGUCAUUGCUUGCCGGUUCCCUUUCCCGCACUGGACCCCAGACCACGUCACCGGGGAGGGGAUAGACACCGUGUGGGCAUAUGACGCGAGGACUUUUAGAGGAGGUGCAAAGAGGACCUGAAGAUCAACACACUUCCAGUUGGUCAUUCAAAUACAAACUUUACCGAGAGUGCUUUUCUGAAACAUUGGGGUCUUCUCUGAUUUUGUGGAGACUCGCAGCAGCUGUGUCUUUAGCAACAGAGCAUAUUUUUCUUUCGUAUAGA